GCGCAGGCCGGUCGCGAUGGCGGACGUGUCCGAGAGGACGCUGCAGGUGUCAGUGCUGGUGGCUUUCGCCUCGGGAGUGCUGGUGGGCUGGCAGGCAAAUCGGCUGCGGAGGCGCUUCCUGGACUGGAGGAAGCGGAGGCUGCAAGACAAGCUGGCGGUGAUGCAGAAGAAGCUGGAUCUGGCCUGAGACCCCGAUCGGUGUGUCCGCGCCGCCCCCCGCCCUGCCACCUCGCUUUGCCCACGCGGGGGCUCCUUUCCGGCACCAGCCUGAGCGUGGCUGGUCUCUCACUCUGCGCCUUCUUGGCCAGGCUCCCCCGGAAUGUCGCUUGUCGAAGAUGAAUGUAUAGAACACUGGACAGAAGUAUCUUCUUAUACAUUAUGAAUCAGUUUUAUUUUUAAAAUAAAAAAAAUGUAAAUAUAUUUGGUUUUUUCAUCAAAAGGAAAAGCAGUAGCUUGCCUGCCUUGCAGUUUAGUAUAUCAAGAGAUCUUGUCUCCAUAAUACAAAAUAUUCCCAAGUUCCCAAAUUUUUACUACUGUUGUCUUUUCCAAUUUACUAAAACUUCUUUCCAUGGGCCUUUGAUUUUUGACUGCCCCAGCCACUCCCUUUGUCACAUGCAAGCAGAUUCCCCUCCAUGAUGUUUCUAUCUUACCUGAGCCUUAAUUCCAACUUGGCACAUUUUCAUUGAUUGACGUUACUCUCAAACUUAAAUACAAUGUGUCUGUCAUCUGUUUAUAGUUCAUUUGACAGAAAAGUCUGUAAACCGGUGACACUUAUACUAUCCAUCUUUUGUAAUUGGUACAAGUUUACCUUUCCAGUGAGUUGCUGUAGCCCAUAAUAUCUUUUAGGCCAGUGCCUUAAACAUCUUAUUCCACAGGUCUAGCCAGUACUUUGUACCAAGGUGCUCAUAAAUAUUUGACGCUUUUAUUUGAGGUGCAUUAUUUUCUUUAAGACCCUGAAAUAGCCAAACUUUCUGUAUUCUCUGCUAUAAUCUCCCUAUAGUUGGCUCUUAACCAUCUGAUUCCACUAGUUCUGCAUUGCGGGUAUAUAGGAAGCUUAAAUUCUUUUUCAGUGUCUUCUGUGAGGAAACAGUACAAAGUUGAUAAUCAUUUUAAUAUACUUAUGGGGGAAAAUCUUAAGUUUUAUGAAAUAAUUUGUUCUUAGGAAAAAAACACUGGCCACAAUUUGCUACCUCAUCUCAAAUCUCUUGUUUUAGGUUACUCUGAUUUUUAUAAUGGUAUCAAGGAUGACUACAGAAAAGUAAUAACUAGUGUUAAGGUGACCAUGCUGAGCAUAACAGUAAAAAAAAAAAAAAAAAA